UCGCGUCGACAACCAUAACCUGUUCCUGGAGGUUGCACGUCGAUGGGAAGGCGCACGUCCCUCGUUGGCCGUGACAUCAGCUGUUCGACCUGUUCGGCAACGUGCACCUACACGCGAUUUCGAACCUCCGAGUGUCGCGUGGCCGAAUGAAAUGACAGCCGCGUCGGAACCGAGGCCGCGACUCGUUUACGCGGACAAGAUCAUACUCGCCCCGAUGGUGCGCAUCGGCACGCUACCCAUGCGCCUCCUGGCCCUCGACUACGGCGCCGACAUCGUCUACACGGAAGAGCUUAUCGACUGGAAACUGCUGCGGUGCGUGCGACGCGAGAAUGAUGUACUGAAGACGGUGGACUACAUCGACAAGACUGACGGUACCGUGGUAUUCCGCACCUGCGCCAGGGAACGCGAUCGCGUGGUUCUUCAACUAGGUAGCUGCGACGCUGGACGCGCCCUGAGGGUCGCGCGCCUCGUGGAGUCCGACGUGGCCGGGAUCGACCUGAACAUGGGCUGUCCUCGGCGUUUCUCUGUCCUGGGUGGUAUGGGCGCGGCACUUCUCGGGCAACCGGAGAAAGCCAGCGGCAUGCUACGGGGGCUCGUCGAGGGUCUCAGCAUACCCGUCACCUGCAAGAUACGCGUGUUGCCGAGCCUCGAGGCCACUCUCGAGCUUUGCGACACCCUCGCUUCGAGCGGCAUCGCGGCCAUUGCCGUUCACGGGCGCACCAUUGACGAGCGGCCUCAACACGCUAAUAGGAAUUACGUCCUAAAGAAGAUCGCCGAGCACCUUAGCAUUCCUGUCAUUGCCAACGGUGGUUCCAAGGAGAUAGAGAAGAGAGAGGACAUAUUCCGCUUCAAGCAGGAUACUCACUGCAGCAGUGUCAUGAUCGCGCGCUCGGCCGAGUGGAACUGCUCGAUAUUCAGGUCGACGGAGAUGCUCCCUAUGGAGCAGGUCAUACGAGACUAUCUGAAGCUAGCGGUCGAUUACGAUAAUUCGCCGAGCAAUACCAAGUACUGCGUGCAGAAUAUACUGCGUGAGCUGCAGGAGUCGCCGCUCGGCAAGAGAUUUCUCGAGACUCAGACACUCGAGCAGAUUUGCGAGGUCUGGUCCAUGGACAAUUACUGCCGCGCAAAGACGCAGGAGUACAGGGUGAAAGGGUUCCAGGGCAGGUUCGAGGUCGCGCCCGAGCGCCUCGGGAUAUUAUCCAGCGGCGGGAGUAAGCGCAAGCUGGAGGAGGAAGCCGAGGACGUGCAGCUCAUGUGCUGUGCCUUCCUGCGGAAUAAAUACAACGACGAGUCGAGUUUGCCGAAGAGUCGCCUUGCGAGGUGGACCGAGUCUAAUCGGAAGAAGCUGCCCUCUUACGUCACUAUACACGAGGAGAAACUCUUCCGGUCGGUCGUCCUGGUCGACGGCCGUAAAUACGGAUCCUCCUUCUGGGAAAAGAAUAAGAAAUGGGCAGAACAAGGAGCUGCAUUAGUUUGUCUUUGCGCACUCGGAGUAAUUGAUCCAGAAACUCUCACCAAAAGUGGCAAUCUUUUAGCAUGACAUUGAAAACGUUGACUGAGCAGUUUUUAAACAUUUACUUAUUGUAUAUUUUUUAUUAUGUUAUUAAUAUCAAACAUUGAAAGAUUCAUCCGUUUUAAGAGAAGAUGGUGACAAACAGCAAUUAGUUCGCUAAACCAUAAGAUACUCGUGAGUCGUUGAAAUACCGAAAGAAAUGAUGACUUUCAUGUGCGAUUGAUUGCCUUAAGUUGCGAUUUACCAUCGAAAAAAAUACUAUAGUGAUCAUCAAAUAAAUUAUAUUUAAUAAUUAAAAUAUUUUAUAAGA